AGCUGAGUGCUGACAGCAAUAUUAACUCAAAUCUGCAAUAAUGUUUUAGUCGAGAACAUAAAAUAUUUUACACUUUUAUACGUUUAAAAUUAGAAUAAAUCUGACUAAAAUGUUUUCACGAUACUUUGUGUCGCAAGUGAAGCAUAAUUCGUAUUUUAUAGUGGGUCUCGUUUUGGGAUUAUGGAUGUCCUUAGCUGUUAUACCUUUGGAUGAGGAAGUGGAGCCCUGUGUGGCUGCGGUGACUUCCGCGCCUGUUACGGACGAGUAUGAGCCCCAGCGCGAGGAGCGUCCGCUCGGUCCGGCGGGACAGGCCGGCCGGAGCGUCCAGAGGCCGCGGUAUUACAGCACAGAACUUGGGAUGAGAGGCGGAUUGUUAGCAGGCGUGCUUAGCUCUGAAGGCGCAUUAGAGGGACGUGCAGCAGCUCUCAAUCGGACCGCAGCACGCUUACAGCCAGCAUUGCGGUUUUUCAUAACUGCUGGAUCAUUAAGACCGGCACCUGCAAGAGCUAAUGUUGUAGGAUUUACAGACACUCGAGAAAUGCUUAAACCAUUCCAUGCACUUAAAUAUCUCGCUGACAACUAUCUUGAGGAGUAUGACUUCUUCUUCCUUGUGUCCGAUUCAAGUUUUGUUAAUUCAAGACGUCUAAACGAAUUGGCUUCUCGAUUGAGUGUUAGCCAGCAUUUAUACAUGGGCACUGUAGCAGAUGGAGAAACACAGUACUGUACAUUAGAAGGAGGAAUCUUGUUGUCGAACUCAGUAUUGAGAGCUGUACAUGCUGAACUGGACUGGUGUGUACGAAAUUCAUACUCACCCCACCAUCACGAAAACCUGGGGCGUUGUGUGCUGCAUGCUGCACAUACACCAUGUAUUUCUAUGGCUCAGGGAGAACACUACGAAUCUGCUAGGCUGGAGACAGAAAAUGGCCCAACUGGUCUAAGGCCAGAGCUUGCUAAUGCAGUAACUGUACACCCAUUGACAGAACCAGCACACUUCUACCAGCUGCAUGCAUAUAUCAGCAGGGUAUUCCUCGAGCGCAGUGCAGCUGCGAGCGCGAAAUUAGCGGCCGCCGCUACUCUCAGCUCGCGGCACCACCCACCCGGCUAUAGAAACGCCUCGUGGCCGCAGGCGCUACGAGCGGACGCCGGUCUGGCCCCGCCCCUGCCACCGACACGAUUCGACCACCUCCGCUGGACUCGAUUUAACGCGACCCACGCUUUCCUACCCGACGACCACCAUGCUGUCGCACCGCUAAAGGGGGCCUAUCGCGAAGCUAUAGACCUGGUUCUCGCGGAAGCGGGCGGUGGGAUGUUGCUGGAGGGGGCGUGGCGUUGGGAGCCGGCGUACGCUCUGAGAUAUCGCCUGCUACUACGUGGAGACGACGGUCGCUUGCGGCACAUGGAGGUGGCCCGGCCGCUCGGCUCGGCGCGCUUGGCCCCCGCCCGCUACGUCACUGAGAGCGCCCGUGUGUUGUUGGUGCUACCCCUAGCGGCGGUGCACGCGCCUCGUGCUAUCUCUUUUUUGCGGCGCUACGACGAAGUCUGCCUGCAAAGAGAUACUAAUACAGCGCUGUUGCUGGUAGUGGUAUGGUCAGGUGACCGCACGGCGCCGCAGGAGGAGGCGGUGCGGCGCAUACGCGACGAGGUGCGCGCGCUCAGCGACAAGUACCGCGGCGCGUCGCUCGAGCUGGCGGAGGCGAGCGCGGCGGCCGCGGGCGACGGCGAGUUAGCGAUACAGGCGACUGCAGCCCGCGCCGCCAUGCUGACGUCUAUCACGCGCGCGCCGCGUGACGCGCUCCUGCUGCUCGCGCUGCCGCAUAUGGAGUACACGGAAGAGUUCCUCAAUAGGGUCCGCAUGAACACGAUAUCUGGCGAGCAGUGGUUCCAGCCGCUGCCGUUCGCGCGCUACUCGCAGUACGCUCACCCGCGCUUCGUGGAGGCGGACGGGUCGCGGCCGCAGCAGAACACGGGGCGGUUCGGCGUGGAGGGCGCGCAGGUGCUGGCGGUCUACCGCGCGGAUUAUCAGGCCGCCCUAGAGUCCUGGCGGGCUAACGGCGGCGCGGACGACGCGGAACCUGCCGCCAUAUUAGCGGCCAGUCCGCUCCGGGCGUUGCGCGCGCCCGAGCCAGUCCUACUCCUAGGCCCGCGCCCCCCGCCCUGUGCACUGCCAGACCUUCCCAACGGCCUGGUGGACGAGGAGGCCUGUCUCCAACGCAUCAGAGACAAGGACUUCGCGGGUUUACAACUUGGUGCCCGCCACGCGCUCGCUAAACUGUUGCUCGAGACGCAAGCGGAACUCGCUUGAGCGUGUUUAUAAUUUAAUAAAGCAUUUAUUAGGUAUAUCAAGUGCCUUAUGUAUUUCA